AUGUCGUUUCCUACUACUGGGUCUCCUGAGGCUACUCGCAAAGCAUCUAUUCAGUUCCAGGCUCGUGGUGAUGUUGGGCCCCAUGGACGUGUUUGCUCGAUUUCGAAAUACUCUAACCCCAUCGAGUGUGUGCCCAAUCCUCUUGUUUCGUCCAAGCUCGGCAACAUCCAGCCAAUGUCUCUGAAUAAGGAUGAUUCUGGCCCUUCUAACAAGAAGCAGAAGUUGGAGCACGCGAGUUCUGCCUCUCGUACAGAGCUGCAGCCAUCUGCCUUGGAUCAGAUCUUAGCAAAGUUAUCCCCAAAGGGUGGUGUUUCUGUGCAACAGCCAUCUACCGAUGAUGAGAUCCUGGCUAAGCUGUCUGAACACCAAACUCUGUUGGAACAGCAGCAGCAGAUCCUAAUUGACAAGCACAUGCGUUCUACAUCCCAGAACGAGGGUGCAAACACCUACCUCCACUUGAGUUCUGGAAACUCACCCAACUCAGUGGAUAAUACUUCGUCCAAGUCCAAUGAUGAUAAAGUGGAUGAUAUCGAAAUGCUUCGUUUGAAACGGGAGUUGAUGGCUGCUAAUUCUCGCAUAGCUCUUCAGGAACAAGAGCUGGCUCAGACCCGUGUAAUCAAACACACCUUGGACCAGGCUCUUGGCCCACCCUCUGAGGCCGAUUUUGGUGGCCGUGAGAUCACAGAACAUACUAUAAGCAGUUUGCAAAAUGUUUUCAAUUCCUCUACCCGUCCAUAUAACCAGCGUCAGGAUUCCUGGGCUACUCAAGAUGAUGCUCACUCUGACAUUUCGGAUGCUCUGUCCGCCGGUGCUUUCAACCGUGCUCGUGGUAUUUGGAAUAAUGCCCACCCUCCGUCCUUAAAGAAUGCUGUUGGCAUAUAUGACAAACCGUAUUGUGAGCCUACUCCCUUGGGAAGUCCCACAGUUACGGCUGACCCUGGUCGUAACUGGGCUGGCAGAUUAUCCCAGCCGGGUUUUGGAGGGCAACACCCAGGCUAUAUAGCCGGUCAGCGCGUUUUAUCCGGCCCCGGUUCGCCUACCUUUGGAUUUGAUAGUCGUUUUGCUGGCGAGCAAGCUCAGUAUCUGCAGGCCCCUGGGAAUCGCCGUUCCUCAGCUCAGCUUAAUCGUGGCGGGUCGUGCUUCCCACCUCAAAAUUCUCCUUGGGGAACAUUUUCAACCGUAGCCCCUGGUGGACCAACUAUGCGAGCAGUAAGCAACCAGCAUGUCAGCGCCUAUCCCGGAAUGUUUCCUGGCCCUGGACAGUAUCAGCAACGACCAAUCGGGACUCCUCUCUCUCCGACUGCAGCAGAAUUUACUGUCAAUUCUGCUCCUGACACUUGGAGUACAUCAACAUAUGUCUCUCCUCUUGAGCCAUUGAACUACCGCCGCCUGUUAGACAAGAGUGUGUCCUGUGACUGGAAGUACAUUGUGGACAAAAUUGUCUGCAGCAAUGACCAGCAGGCUUCUAUUUUUCUCCAGCAAAAACUCAAGGUUGGAACGGCGGAGCAAAAGUAUGAAAUCAUUGAAGCAAUUGUUAACCAGGCGUACCCAUUGAUGGUCAAUCGUUUCGGAAAUUUCCUUGUUCAGCGUUGUUUUGAACACGGCACUCCUGAACAGGUCAUUGCCAUCGCCAACGCUGUUCGUGGAAACACGUUGAGCUUGAGUAUGGACCCUUUUGGCUGUCAUGUAAUUCAGAAGGCAUUUGAUUGCGUGCCAGAGGAGCACAAGGCGGCCAUGGUUCAUGAGCUGCUGCGUCGUAUCCCGGAAACUGUUAUCCACCGCUAUGCUUGCCAUGUCUGGCAGAAACUCUUCGAACUUCGCUGGAGCAAUGAGCCUCCUCAGAUUAUGGCGAAGGUCAACGAAGCACUCCGUGGAAUGUGGCAUGAAGUUGCUCUCGGCGAGACUGGAAGCUUGGUCGUUCAGAAUAUUUUUGAGAACUGCGUCGAGGAUGAGAAGCGCCAAGCCAUUGAGGAAGUCCUCGCCAAAAUCGAUCUUCUCUCGCAUGGGCAAUUUGGUAACUGGUGCAUUCAGCAUAUUUGCGAACAUGGAGCGCCUCAUGACAAAAGCCGUGCCAUUGAACAUAUCCUUCUUUGGGCCACUGACUAUAGCAUGGACCAGUUCGCCUCCAAGGUGGUUGAAAAAUGCCUGAAGAUUGGUGGUUCUGAAUUUCUAGACCGCUACCUUGCUCGUGUUUGUACCGGUCGUCCUGACCGCCCUCGCAUGCCACUGAUCGAUAUUGCUGGUGAUCAGUACGGUAAUUACUUGAUCCAGUGGAUCCUUAUGAAUUCUGCUGCUCAUCAACGAGAAAUUGUUGCUACCCAUAUUCGCAAACAUAUGGUCUCCUUGCGUGGUUCCAAGUUCGGUUCCCGCGUUGCAAUGUUGUGUUGCAACCCCAGUCAUAUUACUCGUCCUGGUCCAGGGGCAGGAGUCCAGGUUAACCGCUUCUCGAACCCUGGAGGAGAGGAUCGUUUUCCAGCAACCCAGCCUGCCGGGCGGUUCAGCCGCGGCAGCCAGUGGGGCUCCAGCUACCCACCAUUUCGUUGA